AUGGAGAUUGAGCGUCCAUCUGACUUUGAGCUCCAAWCAACAACAUAUUCAACUUAUAAAAGCAGAAAUACUGUCAAAGGUCUUAUUGGACUGUCUCCUACUGGCCUUACUACAUUUGUGUCUCCUCUGAUGGAAGGAAYCAUCAGCGAUAAUGAUAUUACAGCUCAAAGUGGCUUGUUAGAAAAACUAGAAAAAGGUGACGCAAUAAUGACAGACAGGGGUUGGACAAAUAAAUCAGCUCUACUUAAGCAUGGAAUUAGGCUAGCUGUUCCUGAAUUUCUAAUGGAUAAGAAGCAGUUCCUCCUACCAGAUCUAGUCAGGUCAGUUUCUAUAGCAAGGUUAAGGAUACAUGUAGAAAGAAGUAUUGGCAGAGUAAAGCAAUGGAAUAUUAUAAYCAAUAGAAUACCUMUGACACACUGGAACAARUUYAAUGACAUUUGGUUUGUCUGUGCAAGUUUGCCACUUUUCUGGCCACCAAUUAUUGAUGUUGAAGAUACCUAG